AUUGUCUAAAAAGAAAAUAUUGAAUUAAAGUAAAUAGAAGUUCUAUAUAUUUUCAAAAUUUUCAAAAUGUUAAUUUAAAGCACUGCCGAAGAUUGAAUUGGGAUAUACAUAGGUAAUUCCCAAAGUAGCGGAUAUUGCUAUGUCAAUUUUCGAUUUUACGUAAACCGGUAGAGUUUUCUAACUCAAAAAUGUCAAUUUACCUGAUUGUUCCGUUUUGUGGGGUGACAGCAGUUGCAUUUUUUUUUAUCGGAGCCGUUGCCCAGCAGCACAUAUCGUACAAGCGGGUUAAGAGCGUUACCCAUCAGGAUCCGUAUGUUUAUCGAAGCCGUCACAAGUUGUACAGUGCGCUGAGAUUCCUGGGGGUGGAAGCUGAGCCCCCUCAGGCAACUCCGAUAGCUCCGGGAAAGAGAUUAUCAAGGAAGCUUGUCACUGCCGCAGAUGAGGAAGGAUGUAGUGUUGUUGAUAAAGCCAUGUUCUGGGGACGUUCUCGGAUUCGAAAGGUACGAGACUCGACCGAACCCGAAAAUCGAGAUGAAAUCGAAAACGUGAACGAAAUCAUGAAGUACGGAUUUCCCGGAAUGGACGACAUCCAUAUCUAUAAGAACUUUGUCGUUUCUUACGAUCGCCGCAACCGAAUCGCCCACUGGGUUUGCGAGCGUCUGGGCGUGGAGUGCCUAUCGGAGAGGGAUCCCAAGACCCUUGUUAAGCCCAAUGAGUACAUAACGGAUUACACCAUACCGGCCAUGUUUUCCCCCACGAUGAGGGACUUUCGAAACAGUGACUGGGUUGGAGGCCACAUGGCUUCGCCGCAAAACUACAAGUGCGACUAUGUAAGGUUCCACGAAACCUACAAGUUCCCCAACAUUGUGCCCAUCCAUCGGGGUCUUAAGACCAACAUUUGGCAGAAACUGGAGCAUUAUGUGAGGCUACUGACCCUGCGGUCGGAUGCCGUCUAUGUGUACACCGGACCCAUGUUUAUGCCCCAGCGGAUAACCUUCCGGAAUUGGGCCAUUCGACAUCAUGUCAUGGGCAUGAACACGGUCGCCGUGCCCACGCACUUCUUCAAGGUAAUCAUUAGCGAGCAGAAGGGGAACUUUGAUCUGCCCUUCAUGGAGGGAUAUGUGGUGCCCAAUGCUGACAUCGACAAGAACAUGGAUCUUCGAGCCUUUCUCUCGGAGAUUCGGGACAUCGAGCACUUUGCUGGACUCAAGUUCUACGACGGCAGGGUGCGCAAUGAACUGGGAAUGAGUAUUGUAGACAAUCCCAACAUGGACUAUGAACUGAAUAUUGAAUAAAUUCUGAAUUUCUGGAUAAA